AUGGAUGAUAUAGAUUUGUAUGAAUUAUUUAACUUUAAUGAUUUAAUCAUACGAAUCUUAUCAAUCCAACCGAUUGAAGAUGAGAAAAUCGAGGAAAUGGAAGAAGAAUUUCGGACAAUUUUUGAAGAUUACGAAUUUCCUAAUUUAUCACCAACAGAUUUAAGGAAAAUCGAGAAGGAACUAAGCGAAGGCUACGUGAUAUCAGACAUUCUUUCCAUAUAUGAUAUCAAAUUAACAUUCUAUCCCGAUGUUUUAGACGAAAUCACAAAUUCUCAUUAUUUCAAAACUAACUAUCCGAAGUAUUUCAUAGUGUUUACACUUCAAAAUUUCGUUUCAUGGGUAUCAAUUUACGAUAGAUGCCACAAUCCUGAGUAUUUUACAGUUUUAUUGAAAUCAUUACACACAAUAUCCACAUUUAAAUCAGUUAACUCGAUUUAUUAUGCAGGAAAUAUGGCAGCAUCGGCAUUUCUGUACAGUUAUGAGCAUCUCCUUCGUUUCCCACAAGAUAUAAAUUACAUUGAUAUCGUAAACCCAAUAGAAGAGUAUUUCUUAUACCACGAACUACUUCCAUCCAGUGCGUACCAGAUUUUAGGUGUCCUUUCGGAGCAGAUUUUCAAAACUUGCAUAAAUUUAUCGAAUCUACCGGCACAAUUUCUAGAUUUUUUGACACAUCUUUCGAAAACAGUUAAGGAGAGGAUCCCUUCUUCGAUAUACGAACUUGUUUUACACAAGAAUGUUUUAGCAUUAUCGAAUUUGUACAUUUUUUCACUGAAAUUCUUCAAAGAAUCGAUCAGAUUUGUCGAUAAAAACCUACCUUACAUACUUUUCGAGCCAAUUUGCUCAAAAAUCAUCGCUGUAUUAGAAAAACAUAUAAUAAACAACCAAGAAACUACCAAAAACACAGAUCAUCCCAUCAAACUCCACAAGCAGGCCAAACUCUUCCAUAUAAACUCCAAGCGAAAACCAUUACAAAAAACAGAUAUCAAAUAUGUUGAAGAAAAGUUACUGGAAUUGAAGAAAAACUGUGACAAUAUGAAACUAAUUGAUGAAGACUUCAGGAUGAAACUAGAUUUACUUAUAGAAACCGUAUCUUUUGACGAAGAAAUUUCGAAUAAAUUUAUUAAAAUUUAUUCUGACGUCCUAAUCUCCGAGAAAAAGGAGAAAUCACUCAACCAACUCUUAGUUUUCUUCUAUCUCGCAGACAAAAUCUCCAAUUCCUUCCAUUUUCCUGUUGAUCAGAUCUUAUUUCAACCGUUACUCGCUCCAGAAACCACUAUCUUCGGAAAUAUGCCAUUAGAACUCAAUGUAACACGAUACCACGCGUGUUCAACACUUCUAAAGUGCUCGCAAUCGUCGUUUAAAGAGAUUUUGUCACCUUUUACGAUAUUCCCCUUAAUUUUUGCGGAACUCUCCCUUCGAUUUGCUGUUUCUUUUAGGAAUGUCGAUGAAGAAUGGUCAGAAGAUUUAAGUACAUGGAUUCUUGAAGUGUUUUUCAGUUUAUCAGAUUACGAAUCUAUCAAACAAACUCAUUUAGAAGCAGUUAGAUACAUGAGAAGCUCUAUUUUUGUUUAUUUGAUGUCUAUUUUGUCUUUUACUAAUACACGGAAGAUUUUCUUUGAUUCAUUUGACUUCUGUCGGAGUUAUUUUUGUUUGUUUUAUGAAAAAGAAAUUGGAAAAGAUUUUGAAAAACUUUUUGACACUUUUUUGAUGGAAACCGAUGAUGUUUCACAAGAUUUAGUACAAAGUGUUGAUGUAUUUAGCGAAGAACUAUUCGAGAACAAAGAAUACAUCAUAUUAAAACAAAUGUUGAAGACAAUCAACAAAUCAAUGUCAAAUCAAAAAAUUUCAAAAUCUUUUUCAAAAGUGACAGAUAAUUUAUGUACAAAUUUGACGCAAAUUUCGAAAGAUGAUAAAGAAAGUGUAGAUAUAUUAAUGGAAGUAGUAACUUUUCUAUCAAAUACAACUAAGGACUUGAAAAUCAAUGCGAAAAAUUUAAUUGCAAUUGAAAGUUGUAUUGACAAAAACGUGAAAAUUAAUGAUGAAAUCAGAGAUAAACUGAUUGAUAUAUUAAGUGGCGGAAUAUACAGCCAGAACCACCAACCUUUUGUUAUAAAACAACCAAGUGUUUUGACACUUUUGGUAAAAGUUUUCAAGGGUGGUCAAAAACAACAUUCUCUUUUGAAAUUUUUAUUGGACUUGUUAAGAGCAAAACCAAUAAACGUCUGGAGAUGUCAUGAAAGCGGUUUUGACAUGACACUUUUGGACCUUUUAUUUGAAUGGCGUGUAGAAGGAAAAGUGGAAGAAGAAAACGUCGAUUUAUGUCUUAUUAUUGUUAAUUUUAUCGCUAUGUCGAUCACUUCACCUGUUGUUGUUCAGAAAUAUAUUUCUUUGUUGAGCUCUUUCGAUGGUGAACAUUUACCUUUUUACCAUUCAAAUUUUGUUAAGAGUUUACAACGGUUAUUUAAGACAGGCGAGUUUAUGCCUGACGGAUCUCUUUGUCUUGAUAAUUUAUCAACUGUUUCAAUACAAAAUUGCGGUUUAUCAAAUGACUUCACUUUUAGUUUUUGGCUUUUUUUCAUGAAGCAAAAUAUAGGAACAAAACAAAUCUUGAUACAAAUAAAGAAAGAUAAUGAAAGUGAAUUGAGAAUUUCCCUUAAAAAUGGUGUGAUUUGUAUUGUUUUGAGAUCAAGUGAAGUGACCACAAAACUCAAUUUAGAUGUAGAUUUACAGGAAUACAAAUGGAAUUUUGUUUCUAUUUCGUUUAGAAGCAAACAAAUCAAAAUUUAUACAAAUAAGUCACUUUCUUUGACAUUUAACGAAUUCUACGGUUUGUCACCGACCAAUUAUAACAUAAAGAUCAAUUUUCCAAGUCAAAAAUACAAAAACAAUCCAACAAAAGGUCUGAAACUUGGCAGUUUUUGUUUAUUGAAUGGUUCUUUUGAUUUGGAAUAUCACAACAAAUUGUUUACUCUUGGAUUAAGGAAUAACUACAAGAACGAUGAUGUUUGUUUCAGUUUUGUUCCCCAUCUUGUUACAGGUAGGUUCAAACCAUCGAAAUUCUCUUCUUGCGGUUUGAAAUUCGUUCACAACAUCAAAAGAAUUAAAAGAGAAUUGACAUUUCCGUCACUUUUUGUAAGUGUUUGCAAUGUUGAAAAUGUUGUUCCUUUGUUUGCGCAGAUAGACAUGAUCAAUCUAAAUAAUGAGAAAGAAAAAGAUCUAUGCCAUAACGCUAUAAAUGUCUUGAAAUGCGUGCUGACAACAAGUAAAUCAGCACAAAUUUCUUUCUGCGAUGUUGAUGGAUUCAGAGCAAUUUCUCACCUUUUGAUUGAAACCGAAAAUUGUCUCAAUUUUGAGAUUUACAACGGUUUUUAUGAAUUGUCAAAUAUGAUUAAGCACAAAUCCCUUUUGAAACAACUAUUGGAAUAUAUUGUUCUUAAUUUAGAUAUUUGGAUAAAAUGCGAUGAAGAAAAUCAUUUGAAAAUUCUCAAACAUUACAGAGAUGUUUUGUUUGUCAAUACAAGUUUAGCGAAAACUAUAUUGAGUUUUCCAUUUUGGAGUUCUAUUUUGAGAUGUUAUUAUUGGUACAAAGAUGCGGACAAAAAUUUCUCCGUCAAAACAAGAAAUAUUUCUCCAGAAAAAAUUGUUUUGUUUAGACAAAUUAUUUUUGAAAUUAUGUCAUUUUAUAUCAACGAAAAUCUUCAAGAAAAUGAAUACCAAGUAUUCCUAAGAAGUGUUAUUUCGUCCCAAGAAGAUAACCAGACAUUUGAUUUACUCGGUUUCAUUGUUUCUCAAAUGACAAGUCCAAAAACUUGUCAAAAAGUGACAAAAAUGAUUUUCACAAACAUUUCUUGUUUAUUACAACUGAUUGCCAGGAACAAACCAGAGCUAACAUCCAAUACUAUACAAGCCACGUCAUAUAUGUUCUCUUCCAAGACUGAAUUCCAUUCAUUUGUCUUCCAAAUUUUGAUGAAAAUGGAUCCUUCUGUUUGCAAAGAAUUUGUUUUACAAGGAUUGACAGGAAUAAUUGAUGGCGGAAACACGGAAGUUCUUCCUAUUGCUAUAUACAUAGCUAUCAAUUUAAGUCAAUCACAUCUUGUUAAUUUGUUUAACAAUCUCUCGAGAAAUUCCAAUUAUUAUUUUAGUGAUUUAUCAAUUGUUUAUCCAAUUUUGGCUGCAUUUAAAUCUGAUGAACAAAGUGACCUCCAAAUCUUUGAUUUCAUUGUGAAAGUGUUUAAAGGAAAAUGGCUGGAAGUAUUUGUCCUUAUCUCUAUUAUCGGUGGAGAAUUAAAUAUGAUGACUUACGCACAAACAAUUCAAAAUAUUUAUCUCCAAAGUUUGUGUAUCUAUUUGAUGAAAAAUGAAAAAAGUGACGAAGAUUUGACAACUUUUGAAAAAUUAGUUUUCAAUUUCAUUUUCUUCAGACCAACACUGAUUGAAGGAACAUAUCAUCUGAAGAACACAGCGCUCAAUGAGAUGUAUACUGAUUCUCCUUUCUUGCAUCAAAAAAUGCCUGCAAAAGAACUCAACAAAUUGAACAUUUUGAAAAAUCCUAACAAAGUUCAUUUGUUAGUUCAAAAAUUACCACCGAAACAAUACUUCGGAAUUCGUAUAAACGAAGACAAUGAGUGGGCGGAUUCACAGUUAUGUGUUGGCGCAUUAAAUUUGUUGAUGCAAAAUAAGAAAAAUUCUUUUGAAAAACACUUGUUGUUGAUGAUUGGUUUCGUUGCUGAAAUUGAUGGAACAUUAGUUAACCAGUAUGAUUUAACACAAUUCAAUGAUGUUGAUGGAAUUUGUUUCGUUCUUUCCAAGCAAAUAAAACUUGGAAUUCCUGUAGAUUACAAAAUUCCUUCAAAUGAAAUUGUGUCAAACGGUUUUAACUUUUUAGAGAAUGUUACAAAAGAAACAACAUUCUUUGAGACAUUGAGCAACCAGAUAACAACAAGUUUGAUGACUUCUUUGCGCGAAAUCCAGAAUUCCGUGCAAGAAAUCAAACUUCCAACGUUUGAUGUCGUUUCCGCCUUCGAUGACAUGAGAAAAGAAAAAUUACAAAAUGGAGAAGACGCGUGGAUUUCGAUGUGGAGAUCAAUGACAUUAGAAAGAGCUCCAUGGAAUUCUUCUUUGCCACCACAAUCUCGUAACAUCGUUAAAUACAAACGAGAUAGAACAGUUUGCAGAGGAUUUGUUCCAUACAAAACAAGAAGAAACUUCGAUUUCGAUGACCACAAAAUGGCAUCAUUGUUUAGAGACACAGGUAAUUUUGAUAUUGCAAAACAAACAUUGCAAUUCUCUUAUGAAUCAGGAGCAUUAAGUUUGGAAAGAUCCAAAUCAGUUGUUUAUCUUCCAACAGCAACAAAAAUCAAAGCAAGAAAAAGUGUUGAUCCAACAUCUGAUGUUUUAGGAGCGACAAGAAAUGCAUUGACAAUCAAAUGCAGAUUGGUAACUAUAGAAUGCAAAACUAAAUGCCAAUUGUCUGUCAAUUCAAAGAGAAUUGUAAUUACUAAAAUGAAAGAUGACAAAGAACACGAAAAAAGAAUUGUAAUCGAUAAAAGAGACAUCGUGAAAUUCUUAAUGAGAUCAUGGAGACACAAAAUUUUCUCUGGUUUCGAAUUGUUCACUUCACAAUCGAAAAAUUACUUUGUUUUGUUUGAUACGCCUUCGAAAGGAGUUUUCAUGCAAAUUGUAAGAGCAUUGAAACUUCCUCCUUCAGCAAAUCUUGUUCAAACUGUUCCGUACUUGAGUUUCUUCUCUACAACGGAUUUCACAAAUAAAUGGGUCAAUGGCGAAAUCUCUAAUUUCGACUAUUUGAUAAUUUUGAAUGAGUUAAGUGGCCGAACAUUUAACUCUGCCUCCAUGUAUCCUGUUUUCCCAUGGACAAUCAAGGAUUACGACUCCGAAUUCCUUGAUCUCUCUGAUCCAUCCGUUUACAGAGACUUCUCUUUACCUGUUGGAGCGUUCAACAGACAAAGAUUGGAAGAUUGUCAGAAGAAAAUGAAUGAAUUAAUUGAAUUCGGUUUGUCACCUCACCUAUAUAGUUCUGGCUACUCAAAUCCAUUGAGUGUUUAUCUUUGGCUGUUGAGAAUGGAGCCAUUCACAACAAGACACAUUAAAAUGCAGAGUGGAAGGUUCGACAACCCCGCAAGAUUGUUCUUUUCCGUGAAAGACGCUUUUAGAUUGUGCAACAACCAAAUGGGAGAUUUCAGAGAAUUGACGCCUGAAUUCUUUUACGAUGUCGAUUUCCUUUUGAACAAAAACGAAUUCGAUCUCGGAGAAAACGUCAACGAUGUAAUUCUUCCAAGUUGGGCGAAAGAUGUAUUCGAUUACAUCUAUCUGAUGAGGAAGUCCUUGGAAAGCGAUUACGCAUCUGAACAUCUCAAUGAAUGGAUUGAUUUGAUCUUCGGAGUGAAUCAAAGAGGAAAAAACGCAGAAAACACUCAAAAUAUUUUCAAAAAAGAAUUGUACGAUGACAUUUGGGAUGAUUCUUAUUCGACAUCGGACGAAAGCAUCAGAUUGGACAUUGAAACACAGUUAGAUCAAGUAGGACAGAUUCCUCCACAAUUGUUUAAAGAACCACAUCCUAAAAGACUUCCAAAGAAAAAGUUCAGAUUUGAUUAUCAAAGAAAAAUUUCUUUGAAUAACCAAGAUUUGAUUAAUUCCACUUUUGUGAACUUUUCUCAAACUGACAUUAACUUAGUCGCAUUGACACAGAACGGAUUGAUACUUAGAUACAUAUUGCCAAUAGAUAACAUAUUGGCAAACCAACAGAACGACCAGAUCUUGCCAUCGAACACUUCGAAUGUCACUAAAAACAUCGUUUCCAGGAAAAGAAGUCAAAUUAUUUGUUGUUCUCCUGAAGAUGGAAUUGUUACAUUACACGAUGUUUUUAAUGCACCAGAGACAGGCCAAACAAUUGGACAUGUUCACACAGAAGUAUCUUGUGCAGAUACGGAUGACGGAUGGGUUGUUUUGGCUGGAACAGAUGCAGCUUUGUUGAUCAUUAGAAAUGCAACAGGAUCAGUUGUAAGAACAUACAGAGACACAAUUUCAUGUUUGAGUGUUUCGAGUAAUUUCGAUUUGGCCGCUUGUGUUUCUAGGGAUUCUUCACUGAUUUAUGUUUCAUUGUCAAGGGCUGAAGUGUCAAGAGCUGUUGAACUUCCUCCUAAGAGCAAUCCUCUCUUCAUUUCGAUUGGUCCUUCAAUGGGAUCUGUUUGUGUUGUUUAUAACAAAGCUGUUGAUGGAAUUUUCGUCAAUUUCUUGAGAGUUUACACAGUAAAUGGAGAUUUGGCAAGAGAAAGAAGACUCAGUUUCGAAGUAACUGAUCUCUGCGUCUUCGCAACACAAAGAAGUGGAAUUGAUACGUUCUGUUUAGGCUCGUCUGAUGGAAAUGUUUAUUUAUGCGAAUGCUUGUCUUCAGUUAAUUUGAUUCCGAUUGUUAAAUGUUCUUCUAAGGUAGUAAGAAUCGAAUACGUGGACCGGGAGAAUGCUAUUGUUGCUACUGCAGAAAAUGGAUCUAUCUAUAUUGUACCUUAUGAAUAA